CCGUGCUGGGAAGAAGCCGCGGCGGGAACACUGAUUGCUGUUCUUCAACGCGUUCAUUAUGAAGCUAUUAGUAAUACUUGCGUUUUCUGGACUUAUAACCGGUUGCAGGAGCAAUUCUUCCUAUACGAUGCCACCCAAAUUACUGCUCGUGUCCUUUGAUGGCUUUCGAGCUGACUACCUGCAAAACUACGAAUUUCCUCAUCUCCAAGAUUUUAUCAAUGAAGGAGUCUUGGUGGAACAUGUCAAAAAUGUUUUUAUCACAAAAACAUUUCCAAACCACUAUAGUAUUGUAACAGGCCUGUAUGAAGAAAGCCAUGGAAUUGUGGCUAAUUCCAUGUAUGAUGCUGACACAAAGAAAAGUUUCUCUGACUCAAAUGACAAAGAUCCUUUCUGGUGGAAUCAGGCGAUACCUAUUUGGGUAACUAAUCAACUUCAGGAGAACAGAUCCAGUGCUGCUGCCAUGUGGCCUGGAACUGAUGUGCCCAUUCAUAAUGUCACACCUUCUUAUUUUAUGAAUUAUAAUUCUUCAGUGUCCUUUGAAGAGAGACUAAAUAGCGUUACUAUGUGGCUAAGCCAUUCAAACCCACCAGUCACCUUUGCAACACUCUACUGGGAAGAACCAGAUGCAAGCGGCCACAAAUAUGGACCUGAAGACAAAGAAAACAUGCGCAAAGUGUUGAGGGAAAUAGAUAAUCAUAUUGGUGUUCUAGUUCAGAAACUCAAGAUGGAGGGAUUAUGGGAACAUCUUAAUGUAAUUAUUACAAGUGAUCAUGGGAUGGCCCAGUGUUCUCAGAAAAAACUGAUAAACUUGGAUCUUUGCAUCGAUCAUUCAGACUACACUGUUGUAGAUUUGACCCCAGUUGCUGCAAUACUUCCCAAAAUAAAUAGAACAGAGGCUUAUAACAAACUGAAAAACUGUAGUACUAACAUGAAUGUUUAUCUCAAAGAAGAUAUUCCUAGUAGAUUUUAUUACCGACAUAAUGAUCGAAUUCAGCCUAUUAUUUUGGUUGCUGAUGAAGGCUGGACAAUUGUGCUAAAUACAUCCUCAUCAAAAUUAGGUGACCAUGGUUAUGAUAAUUCUUUACCUAGUAUGCAUCCGUUUCUAGCUGCCCACGGUCCUGCAUUUCACAAAGGCCACAAGCACAGCACAAUUGACAUUGUGGAUAUUUAUCCAAUGAUGUGUCACAUCCUGGGAGUAAAGCCACGUCCCAAUAAUGGAACCCUUAGUCACACCAAGUGCUUGUUAGUUGACCAGUGGUGCAUCAAUCUCCCAGAAGCCAUUGGGAUUGUGAUUGGUGCGCUCUUGGUAUUAGCGACUCUGACAUGCCUCAUGAUAGUCAUGCAGAAUAGACUGUCGACACCACAGCCAUUUUCCCGACUUCAGCUACAAGAAGACGAUGACGACCCUUUAAUUGAGUAACAUGUGCUGGGGUGUGUUCAACGUGUUUAUUAAUCAUACAGCUAAGGAUGCAUCCAUUUAAUACUGUUUUAACCCUGAAAAAAUGCGUUUUAGAAGACAACCUAGAAUGAGCAUGCUAAAGUUAGUUUUCCUUGUAAUUUGUUUUGGUACACUGGCUCGUACAACCCUGACCUUAGUAAAAGUGCAAAUAAAUCAUUAUUUCUCUACAUAGGAUUAGCUUUUGAGAAAAAUAUUCCCUAUGUCUUUUUCUUUUGCAGUGAAGAUAUAAUACAGCUUUAGCAUACCAAAAUUGAGUAGGCAUGCUUUUCUAAUAAAUUUAUAUAUUUGUAAAUGAAACAACAAAAAUCUUUAUGCAAUUUGUGAAUUUUGUGUAUCAGGGAGGAAAAGUUUGCUAUAUUUUUAUAUUUAUCUUGAAUUAGUUUGUAUCCCAAGUAAACCCUUUGAUAAGACAUUUUCUGUGUGUUAACAAAAAUCAGUCAGCUGGGAAGAAAAGAUGUAAAAUAUGAAGAAAUUGCUUUAAACAAGCGACAAAUAUGAUGGGAUGCAAUGCCUGCAUUGUUACCAUUGUCUUUGUUAAGACUCUUAUGCUAGUGAAAUCUCAAAAGUUAUGUUUUAAGAAAUUAUUACUAUUAAGGUUAGCAAUCAGUUUUUGCUGCUUAUUCUUCAUGUCUUUGUAUAUGCUGGUGUGUGUGUGAGUGUGUGUGGGUGUGUGUGGGUAUACAUGUUAGGAUGAUAGGUGACUAGUAAAGCUGGUCCAAGGGGCCAGGAUUGUGGCCAGGCUUCCACACUGCCCUGGGAUAUAGCUCUCAUGAAAGGUUUUGCACUUCAUAUUGUUUGCUUUCUUCUCACAAGUUUUUAACAAUUCAUUGCUUUUUGUGACCACUUUUAAUCUUUUCUUGCUGUUCAUUAUAACAUGAGAAAUCUAAGUGAUAUAAAAAAAUUCAUGACCUGAGUGCAGGUCUAAUUAUGAUUGGAUCCAAAUGAUGGUGAGAUUUUAAAAUAUUUAUUGUUGGGGCUUUAUGCCUUACUUGGGGGGCAGCAAUUAAGGAACUCAAAGUGACCUUUAACAUUUCUCAUUUUUUAUUCCAUCCAUGUAUGAUAAGUGGCAGAAUAACCUCAGUGUUGUCUCUGCUUUUUUUGUGUCUAAUAUUUGGAUCACAGGAAUAAUCUUGCUGCUCAUAUCCAUACCAAGCCUUUUCAGAGCCAAUGAUUUGUUGUGAAAGAACUGUCAUCUUGAUUUUGCUAGGUUGUACCUCUUUAUAAUGAACACCAGGAAGAAGUGAUGGUAGCAAGACUAGAUUGUAUCUAUUGAACGGAGGAUUUGGAUUUAAGAACCAUUUGUCAGAAUCUGAGGCAAGAAAUUAAUAGUGUGAUAUUUAAAGUUCUAACAAGCUAAAAUAAAUGUCAUUGCAGCUACAAAUCUAACCUUGGAAAUGCAAUACACAGGCAGCGCAGCUACGUGUUGGUUAUGUAUGAUGGUGGAAAUGAUGGCGGUGCCCUUCAUGGGACACAGACGCAUCCUGUAGGGUCACUGCUCACUGCAUUUGGUGUCUGUGUUAUCUGGAGGUUUUGAGAAGUAUUUCCAUGCCUGGCAUAAAUAAUUCAUAGUAACAUUACAUUUUUGAUGAAUUUUAUUUUUGUUUCUUUUUCCUCACAUAAAAGUUAUUCUAAAGGUUACUAGUUUGUCUAAAUAAGAUAGUACAAUGCCAUUUCUAUUUGAAUGUUUAUUAAAGAAUAGAACUCCAUUUAAAGCUCUGUUUCUUUCACAUGCAGAGCAUGUUUAAAGCCUCUAAAAUAGGGGCAGAAUAGUUUGUACUUGUUGAGUGGAACUUUGUUCUUGCAGUGGUCCAAGUCUCAGUGGUUGCGUUAGUGUGAUAGUUUCCUGUGAGUUUCAAGAACGUGAAUAUGGCAUCCAGCCUGGGAGUGGCUUUCAGAGGAUGGAAUAGGAAGAGCUCUCUUGGCCAGUAUAUUUACCCGAUCAGCAAGACUCAACUAUUUGUCUUGUUUUUCAUCCCAUUCUCCCAAUAUUUAAUUUUAAAUUAGGUAAAUGUUUAAAAGUAUGUGUUGGACAAGAAUAAUAUUUAUUUAAUCAAAGAGAAGUAUUUAUAUUAUAAUGAACUUUGUGUUAAUUCAUUUGUGUAUUUAUAUAAAAAUGAUCACUGUUGAAGCCAAUGAUUCCUGGAGAACACUGGGAAAAAUCCUGUAAUAAAAUUAGUCUUGUAAAGUUUGGAGUGUAUUUUUGUUAAAUAAUUGACUAAGAUGCUGCUGUGUCUUUGAGUGGCAAGAAGUAUUUGACCUUAGGAAACAUUUCGUUGUUUAUGACAAUAAUAUGCAAAAAUAGACAGAAGACUAUUUGAUGAAGAGGUUUUGGUUAUUUCAAAAUAAGCACAUUUAUUUAUAACAUAGGAGCAGUUGGGCUAUUGUUGUUCAUCUAUAAGGUCUUUUGGUAAACAACAAAAAAACAAAAAUAUUUCAGUGCACUGUGCUUUGGGCUUUGGGUUAUUCUGUUAGGCUUGUUGUAAGAAUCUACAGAACAGUCUCGGAACAUUGAAGGACUAGAAUGCCUUUGCAGUGUUCGGGGUAUUUUCUUCUGUCUUGCCCAUCUCUUGUAAGCUUUAAAUAAUGUUUGUGUCUAAUUUCUUUUAUUUGUAGAAUUUUACUUUAUUGCUACUAUAUAAAAUUACAAAUGGAGGACAAAGGUAAGAUAUAAAAGUUGUAUUUAUUGUCACUUCUUAAAAUGGUGUAUUAAUAACACGAGUGUGCUUUAAAGAAAUCCAUAUGUAGUGCCUUAAGUUAAAGUACAGUGUAUUUUG